AUGUUAGUAUUGAAAAACAUGUUCCUUGACAAAAUAAAACCAACUACAGAAAUAAAUGACGCAAGACUGAAACAUUGGGUAAAAGCUUUCCCAUUCACAAAAGAUAUUGUUGGUAACAUGGAAAGAAAACCAGAAUGGCUACAAAAACAUAUAUUUGGAAACGAGCUUAUUCCAUAUGGACAAGCUCUGUUUGAAGAGCUUGAACCGGAAACUCAGGAAAGAGUCAUGCAAACAAUACGCGAAGACUCAAAUACAAACUAUGACAAAAUCUUUCUAGGAUAUAGGUUACCUGAGAUGGGCGACCAGAGCCCAAAGGCAAAAAGGACAUGGGAAAUUUACAACAUACUAGGUGAACAUGAGGCAAAGAUGCAACAACUUGAAGCAGAGGGCAAGUUACCAAAAGCGACACCAAAGAAGAAGAGAAGAGUAGAACAAAGUGAAAGUAGUGAAGAUGCAACUAGUGAAAGUAGUGGCAAUGAAGGAAAAAGAAGAGUUAAAAACUCAGUCAGGAAGAAAGUAAAGCUUGGUCCGAGUGGGUUCUAUUAUGACACAUAA